AUGCACUUAAUGCGCCUUGCCUCGCCUUCUUCGCCCAUGCGCAACAGCGUCCACCAGCCAACUUCCAACCGCUGCCUGCAUUCGCUGCCGCCAAUCUUGUCCCCCUAUUCCGGUGGCACCAGUCGGAUGCGGCCACCACUACUGCUGCGGACCGCGCACUGGCCACACACCGAUAGCGUCUCGAGGAGCGGCCAGUGGGUCAGUAGAGAGUCAAGGCCGCGCCCAGGGCUGGCGCAUGGCCACGAAAGUGGCGUGGAAUCCAGUGCAAAAAGUGGUAACGGCACUGCCAGUUGGGCAAAAAAAAGGAGACCGCCAUUCCAAGGGCGACGAAACUGGGGCUUGGAUCACAACUGGGGCUGGACCUGGGGCUGGCGCAGCCCCACUGGGAUGUUGACCGCGGCACGGAAUGCGGAGGCAGUGGUGAAGGAGGCGACUGCCCCGAAGGGGGUGCCAACGGUGGUCAAGGGACCAGGACCACACGAGGUGACAUUGAGGACAGGAUUUACAGCGAGUGGAAGCCGCGGCAUGGCUGGCAGAGGCGACGGAGGAGGAAAGCGGAGUCCGCUGGCCAAGGGACCAAGCGUCGGUCCGAUGACCCUUGGGUCGGUAAGGCGCGGCAUUCGCGGCAACGGAGCUGUCCCUACCCCCGCUAGAGGCAGCAACGGCGGCGGCGACGUCGUCAGCAAGGGCGUCCGUCGGCGGGUGGUACCGUCGCAGGUGCCAAGUUCGCCAGGAUUACCACCCAGCAGACCGUACAAGGGAUCCGUGUUUGCUCGGCACUCUCCAACAACAUCGCAGCCUCCGGCACCAUCAACGGCGGCUCUACCACUCGUCGCACGGACGGGCGAUGACUUGCGGGUGGAGAAGCACGUCGGCUGUCGUGACUCGUCAACGCGAAGAUCCUGA